CAGUAGGACGUAUCGGAGCUGGAGGGGAGCAUUGGUCUCUGGGGACUUUGCUGGGGGUCCGAAGGGAGAGAGGAUGGCAUCUCCAGCCCCUGACACACCAUGCUCUUGUGACUGCUUUGUUUCGGUGCCUCCAGCCUCGGCUAUCCCGGCGGUGAUCUUUGCCAAGAACUCUGACCGACCUAGGGAUGAGGUCCAAGAGGUGGUGUUUCUGCCAGCAGGCAUGCACGCCCCAGGGAGCCGGGUCCAGUGCACCUACAUAGAGGUGGAGCAAGUGCAGAAGACCCACGCUGUGAUCCUGAGCCGCCCAGCUUGGCUCUGGGGAGCAGAGAUGGGUUCCAACGAGCAUGGGGUCUGCAUUGGCAACGAAGCGGUAUGGACCAAGGAGCCUGUCGGGGAGGGAGAAGCCCUGCUCGGCAUGGAUCUACUCAGGCUAGCUUUGGAACGGAGCUACUCUGCCCGAGAGGCCGUGGAUGUGAUCACUGGUUUGCUGGAGCGCUAUGGGCAGGGUGGCAGCUGCCGGGAGGAUCCCACACCAUUCUGCUACCAUAACACCUUCCUGCUGGCAGACCGGACAGAGGCAUGGGUGCUAGAGACAGCAGGGAAGCUAUGGGCUGCUCAGAAGAUUCAGAAGGGGGCCCGAAACCUCUCCAACCAACUGAGCAUUGGCAUGGACAUCUCUGCCGAGCACCCUGAGCUGCGGCCCUAUGCCCAGGCUCAAGGCUGGUGGGACGGGCAGAGCACUUUUGAUUUUGCCCAGGUCUUCUCACUAGCCCAGCAGCCAGUGCGCAUGGAGGCUGCCAAGGCCCGCUUCCAGGCUGGACGGGAGCUGCUGCAGCAAAAGCAGGGGGCCAUCACGGCUGAGGUGAUGAUGGACAUCCUCAGGAACAAGGAGAGCGGCAUCUGCAUGGACUCUGGUGGCUUCCGCACCACGGCCAGCAUGGUGUCUGUGCUGCCCCUGGACCCUGCUCUGCCCUGUGUCCACUUCCUCACUGCCACACCUGAUCCUUCCCGGUCAGUGUUCAAACCUUUCAUCUUUGGGGCGGCGGCGGCCCAAGCUCCCCAGGUGCUGUCUCCCACUUUCGGAGCACAGGACCCUGUGAGGAGUUUCCCCCGAUUUCAGAGGCAGGUGGAUCGCAGACACCCCCUGUACCGUGGACACCAGGUGGUGCUGGGGCUUAUGGAAAGUGAACAGGUAAGGCAACGACUCUGGCGGCAGCAGCGGGACUUGGAACAGGAAGGCCUGGAGGCUGCACAUAAGUUGCUGGCUAGGGAGGGGCCCCCACCUGUCCAGGAGCUAGGAGGCCUCUUCCAGGCCUUUGUGGAGAGAGAGCGCCAGACUUAUGCCUGAGACACCAUCUGGGGAAGGCAGCAGGUGAAAGCCCAGCUAUGCCUUUCUU